AUGCAGAGCGAAUUUCCCGAGCUGGGUCUCACCGGAGAAGACUGCAAAGAAAUGACCUGGCUCGAAUCGGUCGUGUUCCACGGCGGAUUCCCCAGCAACGCCACCGUCGAGGCGCUGCCGGACCGGAGCAAUAACUCGCCUCUGAUUUGGACCCUGAAGUACAAAUGCAAAUCCGACUUCGUUCGAGGCGACCCGAUUCCUGAAUCCGCUCUGUUCAAAAUGUGGGAGAAGCUGACGGAGAUCGAGCCGGAGUUCGGGGGUAUUCUGAUGUUUCCAUGGGGAGGGGAAAUGGAGGAGAUUUCGGAAUUCAGGAUUCCGUUUCCACACAGGGGCGGGAACUUGUAUAUGAUCCAGCACAUGGCGUAUUGGAGCGAUGAAGGGGAGAGGACAGAGGAGAGGCAUGUGGGUUGGUUGAGGGAGUUGUAUGAUUUGGCGGGGGAUUAUGUUUCGAGGGGUUUUCUCUGCGUCGCCUGCGCCGCUGCGCGAGAAGGGGGAAGGGGGAUGUCAGUGAGGUCGAAGGAGGAGUUGGGGGGAGCGAGGUUGAAGUAG